AUGUAUGAAGGAACUGUGGGUGUCCACAAAAAAGAUCUCCACAUCCAUAUUACUGAGAAACAUUUAGUGACACAACUCUUCAAUAUAGGAAAAAGGAAGCUGUUCUCUCAAUUGAUGAUGGAUCAACUAUGCGCUACAUUUCAGAUCCAGGAUAUUCAGAAAGAAGAGACAAGAAGAGAUGCCAUGCAACAAACUGGUAAGCUGGAAGCUAUCUUCCAAUAUCGCCGCUACAAAGCAGAAAGUUGA